UCGCGAAAGGAGCACAAAGCCGAAUUAAAUUUCCCGCUCACCGGGACGGCAGCGGCGCACAGGUCUAGCAGACGACGCGCAGUCGGAUUCGUAACAUUUGUUUUGUAAAUCGCUAGCGCAACGACAGUGCAUGAACAUUCAAACGUUUCAAAAUGUAUAUUUAUUAAGAAUUUUACCAUUCGGCCCUCGUGAUUUUUCCUAUUGUCCUAAACAGAUGAAAGCGUGUCCGAUAGCAGACGACGCUCUAGGUGGAAGUCUUUCUGCGCUGACAGGAAUUAGCAUUUGUACCAAGUUUUUAAAAAGAAAAACUUUUUAUCUGAUAUUCUAGACGAUAAUUCUCGAAAGCUACGGACUGUUUGUAACGCAAACAGCGGGAGGGUUCAGACAACUGAUCACCGCAUACAUUAAGAUGGCUAGUUGGAAAAAAGGUCGCGAAGGGAAAGCGGGCGUUCUUGAAAGAGAAAACGUCGAAAACAGGGUAUACAUCGCUAAAAUGUCGCAAAACUUACAAAAGGCGACGGUGUACGGUGUCGUCAUCGCUAAACAGAGCCCGCGGACUGUGUCACCUAGCGCACAAACUGGUGAGGAACGGUGUGUCCUCAACUUCACCAUGAGAGACAGUGAAGUGGAUACGAUCAAUGUGGCAUGCUGGGGAGACUCCGCAGAAGUGAGGGCCAUCGGCUCCUUGUUUAGGAUAGGGGACUGCAUACAAAUCACCAAUGUUCUGGUAAAACCACGCAACAUAGGAACAGCUAGCGAUAGCUUUGCUCCAAGGGUUUCCAGCCAAUACCAACUUGUGGCAAACAUCGGCAAAGACCAGUGUGAGCUGAAAAUGCUGGAAGAAUCCCUCUUCUGUCAGUUCAUGCCACUGCUACAAGUUCCAUCUGGCUCUGCGGGGGAUGUGACGCAAAUAGCAGACAUACUGUACUGCGGUCGAGGCAUGGCAGAUCAGCAUGUCACCAUGCUGGUUGGUGUAAAAGGGGUUGGUCCUCCAACACCAGUAUCGACGAAGGAUGGAAGGCAAGCCCAAAAGGUCGAAGUUUCAGUAUUGGAUCAAUCGCACCAUGAUUUCAAAGUCCUCUUAUGGGAUGAAGAACUGAUACACUUGUCGCAAUUCUGGAAGGAAAAAGAAACAGUCUUAUUUAUUGCAGAUGUUCGAGUAAGAUUUAAUCAGUUUUUUGGAAUGACUGCAUCAGCCAGUGGGAAGACAGUGGUCACUACAAACCCCAAUAUACCUGAAGCAGGAGCACUGUUUGAGUAUCUACAAAGUGUCGACCUGACUGGCACUGAGUUAGGAGGGACAAUGUUGGACACCACCGUGUACACGGCUAAACAGAUUGGUGACGAAGUGGCCACCAGAUUCCAGACUGGCAGCGCGACCCCGUUUAGCGGCAUUUUAUUUGCCAUUCUCUCACAACUGGACCUUGAUGGUCCAGGAGUUAGGCUGACAACAUUCCGUUGUGGACACUGUAACUUCCGUGUGAAACCUGAGACAGGCUGCACCAAUGAAGGCUGCCCGACCACACGUGGUGAAGCAGAGCCAGAGGUUACGGAAGAAUAUGACAUUCCCGUUGUGUGGACAGAUCACACCGGUUCCAUCCUGCGUAGCCGAAUCACGGGAUUGGUUGCGACUGGACUCUUUGGAGUUAAAGUUGAGGAAUUUGUGAAGAUGUCCGAGAAAGAACUGACAUCUCUCAAGUGGAAGUUUUUACUGGAGCGCUUCAAAAUGCAAUUCAAGGUUAGCCUCAGAACGGGUGCGAAAGGAUCAGAACCAGUUCUCAGGGUGAUCUCUUGCGAACCCGCCGAUCCUCGGGAGUAUUUGGAAAAAGUGUUCCACUACUACUGAAGCAGAAGACAGUAUUCGCACUCUUAUUUGUUUUAUUUCGUUAGUAGUACCUUUGUUUCAUAGUUUUUAUCUGACACACAUUUGUACAAAAGUGUUUUCUCGUAUUGCACAUUAAAACAUCUUGUAUUUAAUAACCUCAAUUCUC